CCGAGCGGUGGGUCAUCGGGAAACGUUCCGAAGAAGAAGGUGCUCGACAAACCACCUUCCAGUCUUCCGGGAAGCUCGCGUGCCGGUAGAAGCUCGCGCUCGCAGGACACCUCCCAACGUCGAAUGGACGAGGAGUCAAGCGAGAAGACGGAGGACGAUGAACGGAUUCGCCGAUUGCAAUCCCAGUCACUAGCCACGCGAAGGUUCACCCAGGGAGAAGGCUCUUGCGAUGUGAAUGCAGAGCGAGAGGAUAGUAGAGGCGACGAAGCCCGGGCGAGGGGCGAUGGAGAAGACGAUGAGAAUGAAGGAGAAUGUGGUGGUGGGCAGGACCACAUGGAUUGCGAAAAGGCAGCGGCAAGCGGCGGGGUGCUCGGUGGUAAUGUGGGUGGUUCGGAGAUGGAAGACCAGGAGAUGGAAGAUGAGGAAAUGGAAGACGAGGAAAUGAAAGACGAAGGACAGGAUGUCGAUGUUUCCACGGAGCUUACUUCGAAGGGGAGGGGAAAACGCACAGCGGAAUCGUCGCCGAAGCGAGCCGCGCCUAAGAAGCAGGCUCGAAGAAAAGUUGUGCAGGACGCUCGGCUCGCCUUGGAUGCAGCUGCUGGUACGCCUGGUGAAGCCGGUGUGGAAUCCAAAUCCAAAGCUCGGGUUCGCAAAACGUCGCAACCCAGGAAGCCUCUGCGGCCGUCGAGGCACCCGAAAUCGGAUGACUCGAGCGACGAUGCUGAAGGGGUGGCCCCUCGUUUGCUCUCCAUCCCUGACGACGACGAACCGGAGACGAAGAAACCCAAAGCGGUGAACAUGACGCAGUGCUUCUUCCUCGAGUACAACGAGGACGGCAAAAAGAGAAAGGACCCGCCUAGGGUGGUCAAUGACGUCAUGCAGAUUCUUCCGAUUCCGGUGGGAGAGAUCACCUUCAACCAGCGAGCGCUGAACCCGGCCAUCGUUGCAGGCAUCGAAGCGGCAAUUGAAGCAUCAACUCGCCCACAGUCCGUGGAUGAUCCGGCUCCGUGGGAUCCACCGGAGUUGGUGCUGGCUCCGAUUAAUCCAUCAAAGGACGCGGACGAACAAGGAACCCGCGUCCUUUCAGAGGAUUUCGACCCCGAACGGGCAGAUGAGUUUUUCUAUUACCUGGUUGCCGAUCAACAUUCUUCCGAAUCUAUGAAAAGAGCGGUGGCGAAGAACUCUGCAGCGGUGGAGGUGUUCGGCUGACCGUGCUAUGUUGCCAUCGUUCCACCAAGCCUGCGUGGACAUCAGAGGAUUUUGGGACAGCAAGAAGCGGAUCGGGCCUGUGGGGAACGUGUCCAAAGGGGAUCCCAAAGGCUUGGAGCACCAGAAAACAUGGAGGGAAUUUUUGAGGUCGUGCAUGGGGAAGUCGUGUGAGAAAGCAUUAUGGACCGAGUGUAUCUCUGGGAAGUGGCAGCAUGACUGGACGAACAGAAUAAGGGGGUACAUGAAUGUCGCCACAUGCAAGGACCCGGUAUGGACACUGGUUAAGGAGUUUUUUUAGAAGUAUGAGGCGGGGGAGUUGCCGCUGCACGACAACAAAUGCCCAAAGGACUU